AGGCGCGGGCUGCGGAAAGAUGGCGGCUCGGCCGCGGCGGCAUCGUUCGCGGUGUGCACAGCUUCCGGGGGGUGAUUUUUGUGAUGCCGCUAAGAAAACAAGUGACAAACACUCUUGUACGACUUCUAUGGAGUGGGACACGCAGGUAGUGAACGGGUCCUCGCCGCUUGGCCCCGCAAACCUGGGGACAGAGGAGCUGCCAUCUGGCCCGCGGCUGCCGUCGUGGCUGCAGCCUGAGAGGUGCGCGGUGUUCCAGUGCGCGCAGUGCUACGCGGUGCUCGCUGACUCUGUGCACCUCGCCUGGGACCUGUCGCGGUCCCUCGGAGCCGUGGUCUUCUCCAGUGAGUGGGGGCAGAGUCUGAGGAAAGCGGAGGAGGGCCAGAGAGGGGGUUCCCGCUUUCUCACGGGGCCGUCGAGAGCGAGUGGUGAAAAAGACUGGGGGGAAGAUUUGGAAGGAAACCCCUUUGCCAGGGGAGUCACAAAUAACGUGGUUUUGGAAGCUCCCUUCCUAGUUGGAAUUGAUGGUUCGCUCAAAGGCAGCACUUACAACCUUUUGUUCUGUACUUCCUGUGGGAUUCCCAUUGGUUUCCAUUUGUAUUCUACCCAUGCUGCUCUGGCUGCCUUGAGAGGUCACUUUUGCCUUUCCAGUAACAAAAUGGCAUGCUAUCAGUUAAAAACAAAAGCCAUCGUAAAUGCAUCUGAGAUGGACAUUCACAACUUGUCUCUACCAGAAAAAGUUGCAGAGCUGAAAGAGAAGAUAAUGUUAGCACAUACUCAAUUAUAUUCACUGAUGAAGAUUCUGAAGGAAGUAACUCCGGACCAGCCCAAGUCAGAAAACUGAUCCAGAAUUAAAGCUUAAGUAUCAGGUUCAGGCCUUUUUACUAUCUUCUAUCAACGGGUGCUAUUUGAUCAAUUCUCAAGAAAGAUCGGCUUCAAGAAGGGAUGGGAACUGUGGUUUAUUGUGCUUACCUCUAGGCUCAUUUUCCAAAUGAUUUGAGAAGCUGCUUCUUAAGAUGAGAAACUAAGGAAGCUUCUGUCCAGAUUUUAUAGCUAUUUGCCUUACGAACAUAUUAGCUUGUCAAUGUCAUAAGUACUUAUUUCUGAAAACCUAUUUUACUGCAAAUUUAGAUUGAUUAGGAAGCAAUGUCCUGUGAAUGGUCUGAUAUAAAGAUGCACGGUUGUUAGGAAAAUAGAGUUGUAUUUAAUGUUGACUACUGUUGGGGCGCCUGGGUGGCUCAGUGGGUUAAAGCCUCUGCCUUUGGCUCAGGUCCUGUGGGAUCGAGCCCCGC